UUUUUCUCCAAAACUACUUUAUAAUUUACACAUAUCGUUUUCAUAUCCAUUAUUAACGCUUCCAGCGGCCAUAUAACCGACAUCGUCGCGGACUGCGACCUACCUUGAUCGCUAUGCAAAGAAUAUUUGUGAAAAUUUUUAUCUGCGUCCUUGCAACGUGCUGGAUUUCGAAUGUUUGGCGCGUUUGUGGAACGUUGUCGAAGAAAGAUAAAAAGGAUAGGAAAAAUAAGGAAAAUCGGAUGGUAAGACAAUUUCUAUUGUUUUUAUUGAAAUAAAUAACACCUUAAGCUUCUUAAAAAAAAAAGGACAUAAUAACCUUUUAGUUAUCGCAAAGUAUGAAUAGCUUGCACUCCCCUACUGAAUGUCUGGAAUUCUCCAAAAUAAUAUACUCCUACCUGAUAAGUUAAUGUAUGGAAAACUCAACUUAAUACAACCACACAUAGCUGUUUUAGCUUAGAGGGCCACUGUGCAGGGUCUUAUCCGUGCAAAAUGUUUUAUUUAUUAUUUAUAUUUCAGUGUCUAUCUGGAUGUGAAUAAUAUUGAAAAUAUACUAUUGUCACUUGACUUUUAUACUUGGCUAAAGCCUGAAAAAUAACUGAUCUAAGGUUAAGGAAAGGGAUGAAAUUCACAAAAAAAGGAAUUUUGUUUGUUGUAUAGCAACGUUAUUGAUAAAAAUGUUGAAUUGUAAUUAACUUGAAAAGUCAGAGGAACUUUUUUUAGAUGCUGACAUUGAAUGCAAAUUACUAACUGUAAAUUAAACACUGAGCAGGUGGAUUCAUCGUGACUUUAAAGUUUUUUUGUAAAUUAUCUGUCAAUAUUUGUUAUUUAAUAACAGUUAUCUGGCAAUAGUUGUUCAUGUCCAAAAAGAAGGAAGAAAGAAAGAAAAUUGAAAAAAAAAAUGAAAAAUUAUCUUGCAUGGCAUUCAAAUUUCUAAACAUGUAAAAAAACUUUCAGAUCAGUUCUUCUUAAUGUACAAGUCAGAUCACUUAGAGCAAGAUAAAGUCAAUUCCCAUCACAUGCAUGUUGUUUUCAGUGAGACAUGUAAUAUGAACCUUAGUUACCGGUAUUGCACCACCUGGGAGACUAAACAUGGAGUGAAAUAAAUUUUAUACAAAGUGUCUUUUGUUAAAAGCAGCCCUGUUAAUUACUAUAACCUUCUAAACCUUAAUGAUUAGACAAGUUGCAAAUAAGAAUUUUCAUGCGGCAAGAAAGUCCUCUUUCACACUUUUUUUCCAUAGUUAAAAGCAACCCUUUUAAUUACUAUAACUUUACAGUGCGAAAAAAAUAAGUGGAAGUUUAAAGGAAGUAAAAUUGUUGCUUUCAGCAUAAAAAAUAUUACUGAAGUUGAGAAGUUGGAAUAUCCCCUGGGGAGUUGUUUUAGCUGGCUUUCCCGUAGAAAAUUCUAAUUUUCUUUCCGUCUUAAUACCAGUGUUAUCUGAUCCAUCUUUUGCAAUAUUAAUAUCCACUUUAAAAUAUACAAUAAAGGAGAGAAAAGGAGGAAAACAGAAAAAAAUAAUCUCCCAUACCAUCUCAGAAUCUCUUGUGAAGUUGAAGAAGUUUCUUUUUCUAAUCCAUUUCAGCCUCACCUUGAAACAAAUGUUAUGUCAAGGGGUUUAGUUGUGGAAAAUCCCAAGACAAGAGAUAUUAUCAAGUUUCACAGUUCAUAUUACAAAAACACAACAGAAGUUAACUUUGAGGGAGAGGUUCUGGUUUAUGUUACCCCGGUAAGUAGAAAAAAAAGUAUAAUUAAGAACCAGAGGUCAUACACAGCUGUUAAUUUUUGCCCAUUCACAAUAUCGUGGCCUUUAAACCAGGUAUCCCAGAGACCCAGAUUCAUUGAUUGGCUGUCCUAGAGUCCUCAAGUGGUCCUUCCACCCAGAACCAAAACAUUAAUUUUAUUUAUUAUUAAUAGUCAUUAUCAGGGCCCAAAAAAAGUCUCGUCCAGUCGUCUGGGACAAGCAGAUUUUCUUCCCCCGGGGCAAUUAAGUAACUUUAAAAUUCAUUUGCGCAAUGGGCAAGGGUCUAUAAGCAGGUCAUCUUCUAACUAAAUCGUUAACUAAGAUGAGCAAGAAGUGGCCCCAGGUAAGCAAAAUGUGAGAGCUGCUUGCUCAAAGGAUAAGCUGUAAUUCAAGUUUUUUUCAAACCCUGCAUUAUGACUGUAUACUUUCCUUUGUACUUUGUCAGCUUCUGUUGGGCAGUACAGUAGAAGCUGACAAUGGGGUUGGGCACAAUCAGGACUCAGGGUGUACCCCAUACCCAUUUCCACAGUGCAUGCGGGAUGCGUGUAGGGGGUGUGGUCACUACCAGAGGUUGUUUAUGCAUUCUCCGUGACUCACUUGUAAUUCUAAUGGCCCGUCAAAGUAAGAAAUAUGUAUUGUGGUUCAAUUUUAUCCUUGGUUCAAAUUUAAUUUUCCUUUGUUUCAAACUCAUUAUGAUAUAUUACCAUACCCAAAAACAAAGGAAGAUAAAAUUUAAACCGAGGACAUAAACUGAACCACAAGAUAUGCAUAUGUAUUGUAUUAAAGGCAUAUAAUGCAUCAUACAGGGCCUACCCCUUUUGUGUAGCUUCCAUUGAAAAAUGGUGCCCCUUUGUCAUACCUAUGAACAGUUCCUAGUUUUUUGAGUGAUGUUUAAUAAAUAAAUUGAUAAAGCCAUAAGGUGCAUCUUUUCUAAGUAUUUUUGUAUAAGAUGUGCUUGAAAACCUAGAACUAUAUGAAAAUUUUUCCAGCUUUUUUCGUAUACCAUACUUUUAACUCGUAAAAUUCCCACCUUUUCUUUUAAUACAUGCACCUGAACUGUGAAAAGGUGGCCCUUUUAAGCAAAGGGGAGUAAACUUUGUUUAUUUUCUCUCUUCUAGUGGAAUUCUCACGGUUAUGAUAUUGCAAAAAUAUUCAGCUCAAAGUUUACCUACGUGUCCCCAGUAUGGCUUCAAGUAAAAAGAAGGUUUGAAUAAUAAUUAGAAAUCAUUGCCAUCCUAUCUUGAUCAUGCAGCCUGCUCUAUUCACCAGGCCCCCCCCGGGGUACUGCCACAUAUGGGCUAUACAGGUAUGUGCCGCUGUGAAGGGUAUGGUUUUCAAGCAGUUUACUCUAGAAUAGAGUGUAUAAAUCAGAGUGUUUGGGUCUAGAAUAGGGUAUCAUUUGACAGGAAACUGAUCAGUUGUUUGAAGAUUUUAUCUAAACUGGGGAAACAGCUACUCUAGGAUAGGGGGGGUUUGGGGAGUUUACUCUAGUAUAGGGUAGCAAAAUUCAGCUGAACCAGCUCUGGUAUAGGUUAAGGAUUCCAGAUCCCAGCGGCACAUACCCACCCAGAAAUUCCUAAAGUAUCCCCCCCCCUGGGGACCAGGCCGUGCUAUUUCAAAAGAUUGAUACUGCUUUUCACUAAAUAAUCACUAUCCAGAGGAUAGUGUUAGAAAGACUCAUUGCACCAUCCAGUAGGUAUAAUUAACAAUUAUUCCUCGACACCGAAUGGGCUCUGAGUCAAUAGCCCAUGAGGGCGAAGGCCGAACGGGCUAUUGACUCAGAGACCAUGAGGGUGAGAGGAAUGAUUGCCUUAGUAAAAUCCAACUAGUUGGUAUAUAGCGAGUCAAAACAACUUUAGCUAGCAAAACGCGAUUCAGCCGCCAUUGUUUUGGUGUUCAAAGCCAGUGCUUUUCGCUACUAGUGUGCUAUAACAUAUAGCCUAGUAGUAGCUCAACCAAUCAGAACACAGCAUUAAUAAUAGACCACUAGUUGGAUUUUACUAAUGGCAAUUAAGUAAACUCUCUUCCUCAUUCUUGGUAAUAGCAAGAGCUGCAAUUUGGUAUAAUUAAAUUAACCCUUCCACCUCCCUUCUCUCCACUGAGCUCCCCUCUGCAAGUGUUUGCAAAGUAUAAGCUCCAAGGUAGAGGAUUUAUGUUAAUUACUACAGGGUUGUUACUAAGAUUUCAAGUUGCUGGGUAAAUACAACAAGUAGGCGGGGAAUCAAACAGCUAGAGGAUUUCUUUUGGUUCUAAUUUUCUUCUAUUUUCCAAUGAAAGUAGCCGGGGCCACAUUCAUAGUAGCCGCGAAAAAUUCCCAGCCCCCAGCUCUUAACGACAGCCUUGUACUAGCGCAAGUUCAGUUUUCAAAAGGUGGACAGUGCUAGCUAUCUACAUCAUAGAAUGAGGAAGAACUUGACUUGAUUUUUAUUUAAAAACUAACUACAUUUUCUUUUAGUUUGAUUUUGAAAGUAAAAUGGCACGGUAGGAGUUUGGGUGUAGGCUUGAUUUCUGAAGCUAAGUAGGGUGGGGUUACAUUAUAUUCCUUUUCGUCUCUUUAAAAAGGAGUGGGGGGAGGGGUGGUUGUUUAAAAAAUUGAUUGUUUAUGAUUUUAUAAUAUUAUUGGGGCUAAUUGGUUUAAAGAGAUUUUAUGAUCUGCUUUCUGUGAGGUGGCCAUACAAUCUUCAUGCGUUAUCAACUGAUAUACAUGAUAGGUUGUUUUGCUUAAGCAAAUUACAUUUAGCUUGCGAUAGUUGAAUUGGAUGAUAGUGGCUUCCUAAACAUUAUAAUCAUGAAUGUAUCAGUAGAGUUCAGUGGGUAAUUUCAUUAUGGAUUGUAAUCACAGCAAAGCUGCAGUGUUUUUCAUCUUCUCUCCAUUAGGAAAACUGGGAACUUUGCUAUUGAAGGAGGACAUGACAUUGAUCAAGGUUUGAGCUUUUCUUUUAAAUAAGUAUAACUAAAACCAGCUUUUCAUCAAUUGCUGGCUUGCACAUGACGUCACGGCCACGUUGGUGGCCAUGUUGGUGGUCAAGAAGAAAAGCAUUUCUCUCCUCUGGGAACUAAACUCUAUUUCCAUGUAAAUUCUUCGUGAAAAAACUCUAAUGUUUUGACCCCCAACAUGGCCGCCUUGUCAUGUGGUCGCAAACCAAGAAUAAUGAGGUGAAAUUAGAGACCUCAAGAUAUAACUAAGUCUUGUCUGCGAAGUCGACCACGAGUUUACGAGUCAGUUUACAGGGAGGGAUCUAUCUACCACCUGUUCACAAUAAAGAACCAUACAUGUAUGUUUGGCCAAAAAAACUAAUAGAGACCUUUAUAUUAGAGGACGACAACGACUACGAAUACCAGAUUUGACUUCAGGUUUUUUCGCGUAUUCUGAAAAAAUAAACGCCCUGGAAAGCUUCAUUGUACCUAACCACUAUUAUCUUUAACAAUUAUUCCUCGAGCCUGAAUGGGCUCUGAGUCAAUAGCCCAUGAGGCUGAAGGCCGAAUGGGCUAUUGACUCGGAGGCCAGCUAGUUAAAGCUAGACUUUAAUCCCUUUUUGCCGCCAAAAAGCCCGCGCUUUUCGCUACUUGUGGGCUAUAACAUAUAGCCUAGUAGGAGCUCAACCAAUUAAAACGCAGCCUUGAUAAUAGACCACUAGUUGGAUUUUACUAAUUAUUGAUAGCCUGCAUAACAGGCACUUUAUGAGUCAAGCGAUGCGAACGCUGUAUUUUGGGCGACGCGCGAAACGAGUGCGAAAUGCCUUGUUCGCCUCGCUUGGCUCAUAAAGCGACUGUGAUGCAGGCUACUUUAUUGAAGGAGGUUAAACCCUCUCCCGGUCGAAAAAAAAAAAAAAGAAAAGAAAAGCACUUUAUCUUUGUGUCAAUGUAUUUAGAUGUAGCACGAAAGUACUAACUAGGAAAACUAUUGGUGCGUCUCCUACCGGUAACGGGACCGCCAUUUCACGUGGUCAUCCGAGCCACGCGAAGGUUUAGCCAUUUGCAGGGCAAAGGCAGUACCUUCUUUUCUCAGUCAUUUUAAGACCUGAGUGUUGGACUGGCCAAAUGAUAAAACCUCAAACAUUUGAUAAUUUGUUCACGUUUCUACGUCCGUCUCGCUGAAAUUAGGGACUUUAAGAUCCAACGACGCAACAGCAACGAGAACGCCCACGAGAACGUCGCUCAGAAAGUGAAUUUGCGUUCUUUCAGUUUUUAUCACAAUUAUUCCUACCCACUUACUUUGCCAAAUGUAGGCGAACCGUCCUGGAGUUGAAUGCCUAGGGACCAUCCAAGUUCAGAAAGAGAAAUAAAAUUUCGUCGCUGCCUGUUUACGUCCUCCACAAAACGCAAAAUUAGGCAUUUUCACGACGUAGUCAUGCAAAAACGGGCAAAGAAAUGUACAAAAAGGCGUGAUGCACGUGCAAAGUUGUUGUUUUUCUUAUAAUUGCCUAUUGUUAAUUUCACGUUCUUGUUGGUCUCUGCGUCGUUAAUUGGUUCUUAAAGUCCCUAUUAGUACAAUAACGACGGGUAUCGCGUUUUCCUCUCCAAAAUGAUGCUUGUUCACGCGCCAGCACUGCUAAGUUAAGGCUGGUUUUCACUAGCGACGGAGUCGGAGUCGUAAGCGGAGUCGCAAGAGCGCUUAUGACCUAGUGAAAAUCAAAAAUCGGAGUCGUAAGCAGAGUCAUAAGUCCGACGGAAUCGGAGUCAAAAGAAUCAGGACGUUUCCAUUUUCUUCCGAUUCCGCUUACGAGUCCGUCGCUUACGUUCCGCUAAUGAUCUAGUGAAAACCAGAUUUCGGAGUGAGAAGACGAAGCGGAAGGAUAAACCAAUCGCAAUGCAUGUUCCCACGCUUUGUGAUUGGUUAGGUCUUCCGCUUCUGCUUGCGACUUCGACGACACAGUUUUCACUCGAUCAUGGCAAACGGCGGAGUCGUACGCGGAAUCGGAACACUGUUCUCAGUAGAUCGUAUAGUUCUACGCUUCUGAUUACGACUUCGACCGGUCGCUAGUGAAAAGCAGCCUUUAGAAUAGGGAAAAUGUCGUGCACGUAGUCGUCCUCGUUUUAGAAUCUACUAAAGGUCUCUAUUUAUGAAAGUUCACAGAUACUAUUACGGGUGAUUUACCCGGCUUCCGGUUCACCAAAAAAACGGUGUAUUAUGACUUUAAAGUAUACUUUACUACUUUGGCAAAUUUCUGUUCAUUCUGUGUUUUCGAGAUACCUUGACAGUCUCUUUUUUUCUAUCCUAGGGUGGAUGGCAGAUGUUAGAAAAGGUGGAAAACAUGUUAAAAUAGGUGAGAAUUCUGUCUUAAUUUUCCAAAAUGUCGUGCGUUUACCAACACACUUACUUGGCCCUCAAAUACGCCCCCCCCCCCCCCCCGGCAAAAAAAAAGAAAAAACCGACGAGAGAAAUCUUAGACGAAAUGGUUUUCGCGCGUCCUUUUUUCGCUAUCUUCGCGUUUUAUAAAGCCUUGCGAAAACUACCACCCGCAAACAAAGAAAAGCGCGAUAUGAAAACUCGUGAAAUUUGAUAUUAAAUCUUCGUCGAGGAAAACAAAACAUGAACCUUUUUCAGUGUUAAAAAAAGGGCCCUCAGAUAAUAGUUUGAAAAGACAAGAGAUGCUUUUACUGUAUUUUCUCGAAUAAUAGCUGUCCCGCGAUUAAUGACCUCUCUCAAAUAAUCGCCCCCUUUGACCGAUAUAUUUCCUCAAAUAAUCCCUCCCCAAACCCCUCGCCAUCUUAUCUACAGGGACACCCAUAACGGUAAAUCUGGAGGUUGAAGCUGAAGUGGAGUCUGAUUCAGCAAAACUGAUCUUCGUCGAGGAAAACAAAACAUGAACCUUUUUCAGUGUUAAAAAAAGGGCCCUCAGAUAAUAGUUUGAAAAAACAAGAGAUUCAAGCUUUGACGCCGAGUAUAUUGACAUUGAAAAUUAUCUAGGAACCAGAUUUGGAACACUUUAAAAAAGCCCAUGUUCAGUUUAUUUGAUUUGACUAUUGUUUGAUUUUGAAUGGGAUAUAAACAAAAUAUUUAGGGCACGACUUCCACUGAGCAAUAUCUGAAAUAAUCGCCUUCCUCGAAUGAUCGCCCCCCUUUUGGUCCCAAAAAAGAAUCGCCCCCUGCUAUUAUUCAAGGAAACGCGUUCACUCGCCAAGCCUUUAUAGGUCUUUGGGUGAACUUACAAGGCGAGUGCAAAAACUUGAGAGGGGAUGAAACGAUGUAGGGUGAAACGUAAAAGACAUGAAGCCAUUUGUGUACGUUGACACCAACUGACAGAAUUUCACUCGUUUUUUUCAGUGCCGCGAAUACUGUUUGACCAGUGGUCACUCAACGAUUUCCAUAUAAUUUUCUCAAGUGAAACAGCGUUGCUUUCUCUUAUCGACACUAUUGUCUCAUUUCUGAGGGUAAGUAUUGUUGCGUGAAUCUUGAAUAAUUUUGAACUAAACGUGGCUCAACUGUACGCUAAAAGGAGUGACUCACAGUAGAGAAACGUGAACGCAAACGUAACGGCUGGUGCAAGCGCAAAAGUUGUCCUUAUAUUAGUCAGGAGCCCAUAACUGGGCUCUUGUAUUAGCCCGUGCCAGGCUCUCGGUCACUGGUGCCGACGAGCGAAAAAAGCGAGCAAGCAGUGGGAAAAAAUAGACGGGAAAAGAGAAGGGGGGAGCCUGGGAGCUUUUUUUCAAAUGCCCCACUCCGCCUACUACCCCGCCCACUUCGUGAAAAACCGUUUCUCGUGUCAAAAUGUAGGAUUAAACCGUGGACGAAGAUCCUGCUAGUUGUAAACGUUGGAUCUCUAGAAAAGAGAUCUAAUCAGCCAAAAUAUAAAGAACCAAGAACGAGAAGUCCAAAGACUACUGCAAAGCUGAUUCAGAACAACGUGUAUUGUUUUUUGAACAUAACAAUAUUUCGGCUGGCCAUACCAGCCUUCUUCAGGUUUACAGAUGUUACUGAACUUAUGUAGGAAUCACAGUAUUAUAUAGACGAAGAAUCUCGCAAUAAAAAUUGUUUAAAACGGAUAGGCGGAAAUUACGUACAACACAAAAACUGGAAAGUAAAAAGACUAAGGAUAAGGAUUACAGGUUAUAACUUUUACGCUAAGUAAACUGUCACAAUUGACCAAUCAUAGGUUAUAACAGGAGCUGGUAUACCGGAAUGAGGUAAUUAAAGCAAUGCUUACAUGCUCCACUAUACUCCGUCUCUCCCCAGCCCCCACGCGAUUUUUGCGGAACUUUUCUCGAUCCGCUUUCCUCACCAUCUUGGAGCCUGGAACAGGCUGUUCCUAUGUCCCACGCAAAUCCAACUUAAACCCAAGCACUUUGCACAUACGCAUUUGAGCAUCCUGCUUGACAUCUUCAUAGCGUAAACAUUAAAAAAAAGGAAUAAAACGAUUUGAUGAUGUUUAGAGAGGCGUCAGAGGAAACAACAAGAAAACAAAGUUUCCGAAGGGCAUAUAUACAGGAUGGGUAGAAUACCCGCUCCUGGAAGGCCACUACCUAAACCUCAAGAAAGUCCAAAUGGUGGAUAGAACUAUCCACCGGAUAAAUUACUAUAGAAAAUUCCAGUGGGUAGCGCAAUUGAUUUCUCUAAUAUUUACAAAUCCGAUUAAUAACACUAUCCUUCUUUGGAACAACGGGGGCAUAAGAUCCAUUUAAUUUCUUCAGGUAAAUCAUUUUGAUGGUCUCACAUUGGAGGUGUGGAGUCAAUAUAGAGGAGACACGAAAGAGUAAGUUGUUGCGUGACAGAGUUAAAUGUAAAAACACAACUUUACCGCGGAAAAAUGAACCCAUUUGUUUUAAUGUCUUGUUUUUUGUCCUUUUAGGAACCUCUAUCUCCUUGUUAGUAAAAUGGCCGAUGUGCUUCAUAAAGAAAAGAUGAAAAUAAUUUUAGUAAUUCCACCGCCCUUCUAUGCUGGGUAAGCAUUAUAAAAGUAUUUCUUUGAGGUUUCCCUUGCAUGGGAAACGUUUGCAACAUUUUUUAGCCAUUUAAAAUUGAAAAAGUUUUGAGUUUCUAUCUGCAGUGCAGAUUCCCUUAGUCAGUCAGAAUGGCCCUCGUUUGCUCGUUAGAGAUGUUAAGCACGACUCUUACGGGAAACGGCAAACUGUAAACUGCAGUGAUGACCCAGAGCAACGCAGUAACUCGGCCGCAAUGUAAAAACACAAUGCGUAACGCUGUCUCUGGGAAUCAGGGGGGGAGCGGUACUGCCAUAUAUGGGCUAUAUAGGUAUGUGCCGCUGUGAAGGGUAUGGUUUUCAAGCAGUUAACUCUGGGAUAGGGUAUAUAAAUCAGAGAGUUUGGAUUUUCCAUUUAAUCUGAUCAAUUGGCUGAUGAUUUUAGUCUAGACUACGGAAACCGGGAAUUGCCUUUCAAAAAAAAUCAAAAAAUCAAAUCGGUUUUGUUUUGGCUGGACUGUGCCAGUGACCUCAGUUGUUUCUGGAAAACGGCUACUCUAGGAUAGGGGGGGAUUUGGGGAGUUUAGUCUCGUAUAUAGGUAGCAAAAUUCAUUUGAACUAGCUCUGGUAUCGGCUAAGGGUUCCAGGGUCCCAGCGGCACUUUCCCACCCAAAACGUCCUAAAGUGCCCCCCCCCGGGUUCCUUCCGCAAUUCCAAAGGAACGUGUGAGGAAGCCAUAAGAACGUCGGCGUAGGAAGCUACAAACGUGAUGCUUUAUGGAGAAAUUUAGAACCCCGUUUGCAGCAAACGGUACAUGUAAACGACAAUUUUAACUAAGUGACCAAUUUUUCCCUUUGCUCGUCGUUUUCUGUACAUUUAACAUGUCUGCACAGAAAUAAGAAUUCUCAUGUCAGGCUUUCAAGGUCCAUAAGAAUUAUAUACGUCGAUGUUUACUUUCCUCAAUGAGGAAUUUACAACUGCGUUUGUCGUUGAGGGGAUUCCAUAUCGCUACAAAUCCUUUCUACCUAGUUAUUUUCGAGCGUUAUACCUCGUUUUUAACUGAAACUAUUUGCUUCUCGCCCUGUUUGUACAAGAUCACUGACAAUGUUGAGAGUAAAAAGGUACAGGUCUUGAAUGAUUACUUUAGAGUAACUGUUUAAGUUGUAGAUCUUCUUAAACAAGACCAUCUAGAACUUUGUUUAGAUAUUUUCAUUGGUAUUUGACAAUGUUACGGUUGCAUGGUCUGUUUUUGAUUAAUUUGACGCAGAGAGAAACUAGGUGCUUUUAACAAGCAUGACUUUGAACUGUUGGCACCGGUACUGGAUGGAUUCAGUCUCAUGACAUAUGAUUACUCAUCUCAAGGAAGGUAUUGAACAAUAGCUGAACUCUCCAUCACCUAUAAUGUUGUGGUUCAAUUUUAUCCUUGGUUAAAAUUUGACUUUCUUUUGUUUGAAACUCAGUAUCAGACAUUACCAUACCCAAAUACAAAAUAAAUUAUAAUUAUAAUUAUAAUAAUAAAUCCAAAUCUUUUAUUGAUAACAAAGCUAACUAUAAAAUCCUAUUUACAAUUAAUUUCACUUAAAAAACUAUUCAGUCCAAGUACUAUUUACAUUAUUCCUUUCGAUUAAAAAAAAAGGACAAUUAAUUUCGAUUGAAAAAAUUGAAAAUUGAAAAUCGAAAAUUUCAAAAAUUGAAAAAAAAUAAAUUAAAUUAAAUAAUAAUAAUAAUGAUUUUUAUUAUAUAUUAGUUAUAUCAGUGUAAUUGCGAGUGAUUUGCUCUCUCAACAUAACAGUCCAAAUAUGGACUUUCGGAGGCAAAGAGGCCAGGGUUAAGUUUCUAUUUGAUGGAGCGGUCCCGCCUGAGAAGGUGGGCUGUAGAAAGGAGAGUUAUUUUCUAGAGUUCAUGCAUGUUGAUGUUGCCAAGGAUUUAUUAUUAUUAUUAUUAUUAUUAUUAUUAUUGUGCGGGAAUUUAAGGUCCAAACGGAUCAUCUUAUUGAACACAACAAAGACGAUAUUGUGCUGCUAAAUGGGGACGAGAAUGCGCGCAUUACAAUUAAUGUUGCCCCGUCCAUUCUACACCAGAACAUCGAACGAAUCUGGAACUGUCGUUUAGUUCAAGUCACACGAUACGGCGGCCAUAUUUAAUUACUUAGAUUUAAGGAGUAUUAUAGGAUUCCCAGGGGGCAUGAGCGCGAUCCGAUAUACUCACUCAGUAUUUACGCGCGCUUUUCGGGCCAAUUUUUCUUUAAGUUUUCCUAGAGAAAGAUUGUAAUGGGAAAAAAGAUCGUUGUGCCGUGUUUGGAUGUAAUAAUGAUCGCCUUUUUCCCAAGAAAUAUACAGUGAAGUUCUCUUUUUGUCCGAAAAGCGCGCGUAAAUACUGAGCGAGUGCCCCCCUGGGCAUCCCAUAAUGCUCCUUAAAUCUAAUAAAUUCAAAAUGGCCGCCGUAUCGGUAAAAAGGUCUAUUGGUGCACUGGGAACAGUGUCGACAGGAUUUGGAAUGUGGCUGAGACAGUUAGGAAUACCAUAUUGCAUGAACCUUUUACAGCGAAUAACCUUGCUGGCGUCAGGAAGGAUUCUGCGAAAAGUGCUUGACACUUGAUCAUAUUAAGGACGGAGUAGAUAGCACGGAGUAUCCUAGGCCACAAGCUGUGACUCGAUACUCGGUAACAUUACCUGCAUUAUGUAGUGAUAGGCCUAUAAUGAUAAUCCGGGUCCUUUGGAUUCUAAGACGAGAACAACUACGAUUACGAUAUUUUCUCAAUAUGUAGUAAGAAGUGAAGUCGUUAUUCUACUACGAGUUUUAGCGAGAGUGUCGUAGUGGCGGGAUGUUAGAAGUUUUAGCAUUUUGCAAUCUGGAGAGGGCUCAACCCCCUUCAAUGACGAUAACAGUGCUAACUUUUCUGGUGAAAAAAAAGUACAAUGAAGAAUUCUGGGGUGUUUAUUUCUUGUGAGAAUGCGCGAACAAACUUUUAUCAAAUCUCGUACUCGUAUUCGUUCUCGUCCUCUAAUCUAAAGGUCUUUAAUGAUAAUGACAACGAGAAUGACAAUGAUAAUGAUAACACAACGAUAAUUGUAAACAGUGUGUUUCACUCUACGGAAAGGACAGGAUCAGUGAUGUAAGCCCAGAGAAAGGGAAGCAGCGCUCUAAAAUCCUACUGGGUCUCAACUUUUAUGGACAAGACUUCACGUCAGGGGGCGGAGGACGUAUGUAGUUAUGCUAUAUUUUCAAUGCUUUGAAAUGUAAUUUAUAGAAUAUCUGAUGAAUGACAUUUUUUCCCCGGUUCAAAACAUGCCCCUUUGGAAUGGAUGAAAAUAAGGACUGUGUUUUAACCUGAUCCAACAAGCAGCAAAAAUAAAGCCGAAUUAAAAUAAAAAAUCCAGAGAAAUUUGUCGAAGACCAGCUGCAGCAAAUUUUGGCCGAAAGACAUUCACUGGGAACAGAACAGACACCAACUGGUCAUCAACAACAUUUAAAGGCAAAAUUUCCGUUUUUAUUGCUGUUUUUAAAUUUGUUAUGCACUUUUGUUAUCUCCGGACAAUCAACUUUUAUGGACAAGACUUCACGUCAGGGGGCGGAGGACGUAUGUAGUUAUGCCAUAUUUUCAAUGCUUUGAAAUGUAAUUUAUAGAAGAUCUGAUGAAUGACAUUUUUUCCCUUGUUCAAAAAUAACAUCUAUUUUAUGGUUAAAUCCACGAGCGCGCUUUCCGUGCGGACGAGAUUGGCCUAUGCUGCCCGCUCGGUAUUGCCCGUGUUGGUUUCGGGAAAAAAGCUGGCUCAUUUUGACCUUAUAACAAAUCCGUUAUUGACCAAGCUUGUUCGGUCAAGAUGGCUGAAUAUUGUCCUCGUUCCUUUUUGCGUUUUUCAUUGAUCUCGCGGGCUGCCACUUGGUCGAUAAAAACGCAAAGAAAGAACUUGGCCGAUCCAGCCAUCUUGGCCUUACGCUUGUUCAAUAAUGCAUAAUUAUGUAAUCACUUGCCUCGUUCCUAGGCGUCUCAAGUUUGGUAGAAAACGCGACUGCAAAGCGAUCAAGGAGUAUCGCGCAAUGGGGACGCUCCAGUCGCUCUCGAUUUUCCAUUGCGAAUCCGCUAGAACACGCCUGGGUACAAGGCAGUGUAAUUACCACACGGGACGAUUCGCAACGACGAUUUUUAGCGCAACACAGCGUUGCAGCAUUGUUGCGACGUUGUUUCGAACACUUCCAACAUUGGUCCAACAUUGGACCUCAGUGUUGCGAUAAAAUUCGUCCUUGCGAAUCGUCUCGUGUAACAUCACCUUAAAGCGUUCUUUAUACACUCACGACACUUCACUGUGUACCCACAGUUUUUUUCCUCACGUUCUGCAUGGGGUUGGGGAUAGCGGAACAGACAAUUAAGUUUCUCAAAUUCUAGAUUUCACAGGUUUUUAAACAUCAGCUGCUCAAGAUAGACAACUGACUAAGCCUCUUGUCUGGGCUCGGAUCCUGAAACCUUGAGGGACGAACAAAUAGGGGUGGGAAAUCGCCCUGAGCUUGAACGACAGAGGAGGACCUUGUUUUAUUGUCGUUUCUAAAUUUUUAUUUGAUUAUGUCAGUUUUCUAUCUCACCUAUUACUUUUUAUUUUUUUCUUUCAUUUCGUUUUGUACAGCUAUCUUGGGGUCGAGGUGAGUGUUGUUUAAAGGGGGGAGGUGAUUAGAUAGAAUUAGAAAUAUACUGUUCUCUAAAAAACUCUCGUUACGCCAAAAGAGUUCUCGCUCUGGGUAGGUGGUUUUCUAACCAUAUUCAUCGCAUAUUUCAACUUUAGAAAAAAACAUAAUUCUCUAUUGAAUUACGUAAACCACUUCUAGACCAAAUUCCGAUUUGUGUAGUAUAUCUUUGGUCAUAUUAGGCGCCCCAGUUCUUAUAAGUGCCGCCAAUACUUAAUCGUCCCCUCGUCCUCAACCCAAUAAGCUGCGCCCCUUUUCGUUAUAAAAACACCUUCAUUCAACCUUGGUUGAUCUUUCUGUCGUAGAAGCUCGCAUAUAAUUAUUUCCCUGAGCGUUAAUCAAAUCAUUAAGGUGGUUUUUGUACCGGGAGUACCCCUAGCCCUAGUUCUUUAAAAGUUGAAGAAUGCUGUCCACCGAAUGAAUCACUAUCCAGUGGACAAGUAUUAUGAAUUGCGAAAACCACUGGAUAGUGAUUGAUUCAGUAGAUAGUGCUAUUCGCCUUUUGAAGGAAACUGGGGUCCUUCUACUGGAAGGACCAAGGAGCCGCUCAUAGUGCCACAUCAGUUCUGACUGAAUUUGAAGUGAUUGUAUCUCAUAGAUAUGUCGAGUUGCUGACAAAGCACAAAACAGAAAAACUGGUCUGGGAGGAAGCCGUAGGAGAGCAUUCCUUCUCCUUUAGGUAUGUACAAUCACUACAUUACAGGUAGAAUUCGAUUGAAUAGGUGGAGUUGAAAAGCGAUUUCGUGUAACCCACUCUAAUGCGCUCUUUGAGGGAAAUGAAAUAAUAGUAAUCAUCAUCAUCAUCAUCGUCAUCGUCAUCAUCAUCAUCAUCACCAUCAUCACAUCAUCAUCAUCAUCAUCAUCAUCAUCAUCAUCAUCAUCAUCAUCGUCGUCGUCGUCGUCAUCAUCAUCAUCAUCAUCUCUAGUCUCAUGUACUUUUAAGCUUGUGCAGUAAUCUUUUCAAUUCGUAGCUGACGUCUCUAUUUUAAACAUAUUUCAGCGCUGCCGGUUCAAACCACAUCGUGUUUUACCCAACGUUAAAGGUAAGAGUUCCUAAGAAUACGCAUAUAACACUGGCUGGUCGCGGCUGGGUAUUAUGACUCAGUUGGUAAGGCGCUCUCGUGAUAAGCGGCAAUUAUAAGUCCUGGGGUUCAGAAGCCGAGUAAUCGGCUCCUGCUCGGUUCGAUCAACGGCCGAAGCAAUGGUUAGGGUGUAGUUGCAAGUUGCAUAAAAUAACUUAAGAUUAAAAGCCAAUUUCCUUCGCUUAGCCCCUUCGUUCCCGAGGCUUUUCUCGCAUGGUUUUCACGGAUUAUUCAGGCCAAGGCGGAUUAACUUGUACAGGAAACAUACGGAAGGGCGUGACGAGACGUUCAUCACUCAUUCAGGGAACGGUUGAAAACAUUGGCGCUUAAUGUUAAGUUGCUCUGUGCCACCUGUCCUCAGGAUCUUGAUCUAAGUGACGAUGAUGUUACCGCCUUGCUGCGCAUGUGUAGUUCUCUAGUGUGAGAUAUCAACAAAACAACCACAGUUUUUCAAUUCCUUUUCCACAUUCGCCUACCACCAAUGUGGCCCGGGUUCGAAUCCUGGUGUCGACGCCAUAAGAAUGAUGUUUGGGUUGAGUUUGAUGUUGGUUUUCUCUCUUGCUCCGAAAAGUUUUUCUCCGGGUACUCCGGUUUUCCCUUCUCCUCCAACGCUUGCAAACUCCAAUUCCAGCUGGAACGCACAGACACGUUUGAAAGACUUCUUAAGAACUUUUGAGCGCUUUGUGCGUAAAGAAAUUACAAUUUUACUGUUUACAAGUAUAAUUUAUUUACAAUUUACUCCUGUAGCUGGCUAAAAUAACGUAAUAAAUUUUCGUAACUCAAAACGGUUUCACAGCGUAGUUAUUAAGAUUUAAAUUUAGGUACUAAAUUUUUAUUGUGUAAUUUUGUAAGACGGCGGAAAUGAAGUUAAAAAGUUGUGAACGACUUAUUCUGUGAAUGUCUUCUUCCUUAUCUCUUAAGCCUCUGUAUCUUUGUUACUGGGCUUUCAUCGUGCAAUUCUGGCGACUUUUUUUGCGUAACAUUUUGAAGGAGAUCCGAAGAGAGAGUUUUCAUAAAUUGUCCGCAAAAAUUCACCUUCUUCAUGUACCAACUGAAGAAAAAGAUUCAGCACCGUAUCCAACUAUUCCUCUUUGCGUGUUCUUUCAUUAGUCCAUACAGGUUCGACUGGACCUUGCUCGUGAACUCGAGGUGGGAAUCUCCAUUUGGGAAAUCGGACAAGGACUGGAUUAUUUUUACGACUUACUCUAA